AUGAUCGGUUUAUUGCUUGGGACAGUCAAAUAUCAUCAAAUUCAUACCUCAGAGACGUUUACUGCCCACCCUUACGUCUCUACUGCUCAUCGUGCUUCUCUGAUGUACGGGUUUGCCUCGUUUCAGCUUGCAGGAAUAGCUUUACUUUCUGCCUGGUCUGAAAAGACCAAUGUUCUGGCUACUGCUGUAACACAGAUUUUUUUUGUCUUACCUGUUAUCGCGUAUGCCAUCCAUGGCUUCCUCAAGGACACGACUAACCAGCUCAAGGUGCCUCACAAAUUGGGUAAUAAGGGUGUCAUCUUACCCCCUUUUUUGAUCAAGCUCUUUAUGUGGUCUCUGAUCGGAGCCGAAAUUGGUGGCUGUGGUAUCUUGUGUGCAGGAAUGAUUAAGACCAUUGCAACGCUCCCCGCAAUCACAGCUAUGGCUGUAUAA